AUGGCCGUCCUGUCGCGGUCGUCCCUCCGCGGCUCCAUGCGACGGAACGCCAACGACCAUCUGGACCCGGACCGCCAGGGACCUCCGAUGAAGAGACAGCGGACUCUCCACGAUCUCUGGCCCGUCAACCGUCGCAGAAGCUCACCGGACUGCCUCGACGCCACGACCCCGACCCACGACCCUGCCCCUAGCAAAUCUCGACACACCCUGCCUCCUGCCAAGCCAGCGCGUCCACGUCCAGCAACCCGUCGCACUCGCCGGCCAUCCGCUUCAUCGGUGGACACCGUCGCCUCGGGCGAUCAAUUGAGUACCCCGGCAACCCCCCGCGUGAAUCUGAAUGGCAAUGUCAUCACGACCCUUCGGCGUGUUGCCGACCGUGAUACCCCUACGGGCGGUCGUCCCGCGACGGACCUGCUAUGCGGCGAGCCAGAGUCGCCCGACCCAUUGGAUACAAUUUCUCCCAUGGUGACUGCGAAUACGGUGAAAACGCGUCCGGGAGUCCAUGCGUACUCGGUAGACUCCGAGACCAAGUUGCCCAAAUCGCCUCCGACGACGCGCACGACUCGGCGCGGUGAUCAUGAUGCCGAGCCCGAGGGGACGAAUACAAAUAAAUCGACCGUCAAGUCGGAAGUGAUGGACGCGACGCCGGUGCUUCCGUCCGACACGCAACCGGCAGAUGCCUCAGCACCGACUGGAAACGAGAGGCGAUCGCUGCGCUCUGCAGACACUGGUUCUCGAUGUAAGAGUGAGCUAGCGCAGUAUUUUCACAAUUACGAGCAAAUCAUUAGCCUCGAUGAUCCUAAGCCUGAGCUGCUGGCUUUCAACACCAUUGUUACGUUAAUUGACGACCUCCCCGAACCACUACCAAUCCCCUCCCAAUCCGAGCCAUCCCCUUUCGGCAACCCGCUGCAAAAACUGUACAAUUGUGAAGUGGUUACACUACUUGAGCCGGCAUCAAGUUCAGCGGGCAUUGACCCUCUGAACGAGGACCUGUAUUUCCGCGCACACCGCAAGUUCGAACGCCAGGAGAAACAGCUGCGAAAUAUUGAGCGAGAUCGCGCACAGCAUGAGAAACAGCAUGUAGAUCGGCUUCUCGAAGAGCUUCGCAGUCAAGAUUGGCUGCGCGUAAUGGGAUUGACUGGCGUCCACGAGAACGAGAAGAAGCUCUACGAACCUAAACGGCAAAUCCUCAUCGACGAGCUCGUCGUCCUCGUCACCAAGUUCCAAGUAUGGAGGGACGAAGAGCGGAAACGCAAACUGGCCAAGGAAAAGCAUCUUCAAACGGGCGAUCCCGAGGCCGAUGCGCAUGUUCCUCGACACUCGCGCAAGCGGUCACGACCCGUCGAGGAUGCCGCAGAAGAAAGCUCCCCAUUACCAGAUACCCCCAGUACCCCGGAUCCCAAUGACGUGGACGCCUGGGCCGCGCGCCAACUCCACCAAGAAACACGCUCUGCCUCCGUCGCCAAACGACGCAAAUCCGUCUCGGAGAACCGUAAGCCCAAAGCCGGGCGCGCAGAAGGAGACGAUCACUCCACAGCAACGGAAACCAAACCCAACACCAAACGACAAAAGACACAACACCAUCCACCCUCUUCCAUAGAUACAUCACCACCACCCGCCAUUCCAGCACAGUUCAUCUACCCCCCACCCCCAGAUAAACCCUUUACCUCGUUCUUUGAACAACCGCACCACCGUGAGACAGCCCUGGCCGCUGUAAACGGCACCCGGCGCGGCCGUACACAUACCAUUCUCGCCUUUGGCCACCCCAUGCCCGAUGUACCGGAACGCGAUUUUGAUCCACCGGAGGAAAUCCUGACGGACGAGGCAAUAUAUGCCUCGCAACGACAGCGGCGGCUUUUGAAGCGACGCAGUCGGGGGUGA